UACCAGACUAGGGUUUCCCAAUCACACUCUCAGUUUCGCUCCAAAUUUCUUCCUAGGGUUUUUGUGCCGUCUCAUCCAUUUUUGACAAACCCUACCAAAUCUCCCAACUAUGGCUGAACGAGGAGGAGAGCGCGGUGGCUUUGGCCGUGGAUUCGGCAGGGGAGGACGCGGUGGUGAUAGAGGCCGCGGUGGUCGUCGCCGUCCCGGUGGACGCCGUGAGGAAGAAGAGAAAUGGGUUCCGGUAACGAAGCUCGGAAGGCUGGUGAAGGAAGGAAAGAUCUCCUCCCUCGAGCAGAUCUAUCUCCAUUCUCUCCCAGUCAAGGAGCACCAGAUCGUUGAUACCCUAGUCGGUCCCAGCUUGAAAGAUGAGGUCAUGAAGAUCAUGCCCGUGCAGAAGCAAACCAGAGCCGGACAGAGGACUCGUUUCAAGGCCUUCGUCGUCGUCGGUGACGGCAACGGCCACGUCGGUCUCGGAGUCAAGUGCAGCAAAGAAGUUGCCACCGCCAUUCGAGGAGCGAUCAUCCUCGCCAAGCUUUCGGUUAUUCCUGUGAGAAGGGGUUACUGGGGUAACAAGAUCGGGAAGCCGCACACCGUGCCUUGCAAGGUCACCGGCAAAUGUGGUUCCGUCACCGUGAGGAUGGUUCCGGCGCCUCGUGGUGCUGGAAUCGUCGCCGCUAGAGUUCCCAAGAAGGUUUUGCAGUUUGCUGGGAUUGAGGACGUUUUCACUUCCUCAAGGGGUUCCACCAAGACUCUCGGAAACUUCGUAAAGGCAACAUUUGACUGCUUGUUGAAGACUUAUGGGUUCCUUACACCUGAAUUUUGGAGGGAGACUCGGUUCACGAAAUCACCAUUCCAAGAGCAUACAGAUCUUUUGAGAAAGCCAACUGGGAAACUUCUUCUUGCCGAGGCUACUGAGAGGAUUGAUGCUUGAGUUUUCUGGAUUCAUUUCAGAGUCAAGCGAAGAGACUGCUGGUGGGAUGUCAAUUUUGUGCUUGUAACUUCAUCUUGAAAACAAAUGAAUUGUCGAUUCGAAGGGCAUCUUGAAAACAAAUGAAUUGUCGAUUCGAAGGGCUUGAGGAUGAGACACUGGAGAACAAGUUGUAGUUAUAUGUGUCUAGUUUUGUGAAUUAAGAUGUGAAAACUUCUCCUGUGGGGUUUCCCCUUCUAUUUUGAUUAUUGCUUUAUAAUUUUCA